AGCUGGUAUAUAAACCCUAUUCUUUUUCUGAAAACCAUUGAUUACAAUCGACAACCCUAUUUUCUCUCCCUCUCUCUUUCCACCCACACUUUCAACCAAUCUCUCUUUCACUCCCAACAAAUGGCCGAUCAGCUCACCGAUGACCAGAUCUCCGAGUUCAAGGAAGCCUUCAGCCUAUUCGAUAAGGAUGGCGACGGUUGCAUCACGACAAAGGAACUUGGAACUGUGAUGAGAUCGCUUGGGCAAAAUCCAACAGAGGCUGAACUCCAGGACAUGAUCAACGAAGUGGAUGCAGAUGGCAAUGGAACCAUUGAUUUCCCAGAGUUUUUAAACCUGAUGGCAAGGAAGAUGAAGGAUACAGACUCGGAGGAAGAAUUAAAGGAAGCUUUCAGAGUCUUUGACAAAGAUCAGAACGGUUUCAUUUCUGCUGCUGAGCUUCGUCAUGUCAUGACAAACCUGGGUGAAAAACUCACUGAUGAAGAAGUCGAUGAAAUGAUCCGUGAGGCAGAUGUUGAUGGCGAUGGUCAAAUCAACUAUGAGGAGUUUGUUAAGGUCAUGAUGGCCAAGUAAUAAUAUUUAUUAAUAGCCCUAGUUUUAUUUUUAUUUUGUCAGUAUCUAGUUGUUGUCAAUUGGUUUCUUUCGGGCCAUGCAUGGAUAUCAUAUCCUUCUUGUUUAAUUAUGUAUCUGUCACAAGUUUAUAUUUUUUUUUUUUUAUGUUGCUGAUUCCGAUUUCAUUCCAAAUGCUCCAC